AUGAAGUCCGACCUGCCCGACGACAUCAAGAGCAACCUCGUGGCGCUGCUGGAGGGCAAGCUCCAGAGCGACAGCGACUGCGCCAAGCAGGCGCUGGACUCGCGCCCGACGGCCGUGCGCCGCGAGGACCACGAGAUCUUCUACUACAUGCUGGACGUCUUCUGCCCGCGGGUCACCAUUGCCGUCACGCCUCCCGACCAGGAGGACGAGAGCGAGGAGAAAACGCCCGCUGACAGCCAGCAGACGGUCGAGAUCCCGACGCCCGACGGAGGCACCGCCCAAGUGCUGAUCGUCGGCGAGCCGGAGGACGGGAAGCAGACCAUCGCGAUCCCGGACGACCAGGGCGGCUACACGACGACGGAGGUCAAGUCCAUCGAGACGCCGACUGGCGAGCAGAAGAUCUUGAUCCCGAACGCGGACGGCGACAUCACCCCCGUGGUGGUGCCGGAGCUGCCAGCGGACGUCACGUCCGAGUUGAGCGAGGACACGCAGGUCGUGGACGUGGUCACGCCCAGCGGCGAGACCCAGCAGGUGAUCGUCGAGGGCGAGCCGGAGCACGGCGAGCAGACCGUGCAGGUCCAGGACAGCACCGGCGAGUACGUCGAGACGAAGGCCGAGGUGGUGGAGACCCCCUCGGGCGAGGAGCAGCUCAUUUUUUCGACCCCCGACGGCGACAUCAUUCAAGUGCCGCUGCCGGAGCCGGUGCCGGAAUUCGACAGCGGCCCGAACCCGUACGCCGACCAGGAGCCUGAGCCGCCCGUCGUGCAGACGGUCGACGUGGUCACCGACAAUGGCGAGCACGAGCAAGUCAUCGUCGUGGGCGAAGUCGAGGACGGCAAGCAGACCAUCGAGGUCGCCGACGACCAGGGUGGCUACACGGAGAAGGAGGUGGCGGCCGUCGAGACCGACCAGGGCGAGUCCAUCGUCGUUCCCGACGGAAACGGAGGCACCACGGUCGUGAACGUGCCCGAUGUGCCGGACGUGAUCGCCGACCUGGCCACGGACGACACCCAGGUGGUGAACGUCGUGAACCCCGACAACGGCGCGCAGCAGCAGGUUGUCAUCGAGGGCGAGCCGGAGCACGGUGAGGUGACUGUGGACAUCGUGGACGCGUCGGGCGAAGUGACCACUGAGGAGGAGGUGAAGGCCGUUGAGACCGACGAGGGCAUCAAGCUUGUGGUGCCGACCGAUGACGGCUACGUGCCGGUUGUGGUACCGAAGAUCCCGGAGGAGAUCCAGCAGGAGAUCGUUGAGGAGCAGCCGACGAUGUCGGGCGGAAACCCGUUCGCUGAGGAGGAGACUCCGGUUGUGCAGACGGUCGAUGUGGUCGCCGACAACGGC